UCAUCGCUGCGAUUGCUUCUGUGUUACACAGAUUUUUUCCUGGAAAAGAAAAUUCAGAGCUCGGAGCUUCCAGGAAGUAAUAUCAAUGGGUAGUGAAGAUGAAUCGAUAGAGCAGAAGUCUGCUGCUCGUAAAGAGGCGCUGAGAGCUUUAAGAGCAGCUAAGGAGUUGUCAGAGAGCAAGGAAGAGGGAGGAGGAGAUGACUCUGCUGCUGUGGAAGAAGAUGGUCCAGCCAUGAAGUUUAGAAAUUAUGUUCCACAAGCUAAGGAGCUUCAGGACAGUAAAGUUGUACCACCAGAGCUACCCAAAUUCGAAGAUCCAGUUGCUGCACUUCCACCUGCAGUGGAGAAGAAGGAGGACCCAUUUGUCAACAUUGCUCCAAAGAAACCCAACUGGGACCUUCGAAGAGAUGUCCAGAAGAAGCUUGACAAGCUCGAAAGGCGGACCCAAAAGGCAAUGUAUAAACUCAUGGAGGAGCAUGAGAAGGAACGUGAGACGGCUGAAACUGAUGACAAUGCAAUAGAAAGUUAAAGACGUGAUCACACGAAAGAAGCUGCAGAAUAUUCUAUUCAGUUUUUGUAUAACUGACUAUUAAGCUUCUGUCUUCAGAGAGUACACCAUGGUGCCUUGUUUAUUUUCUUGUAUGAAUAUGAAAAGUACGUUCAGUUUGGUUUGAUUGAACUUCAGAUUAAUUCA